UCCGAGCCGCGUGGCAAGCCUCACUCAGCUCGUCAUGGGAAUCUUUUUUCGCAUAACUGUCGAUUGUGGCGCAACUACCGCUGGCUAAAAACGGUCGAUCCCACCACACCGGGGACUGGGGCAGCAUGUCACGCAUGUGUGGCAAUCUCGGUCGAGAACCCGCUUCCAACCAGCGAGCUGCCGAACAGCUCCAGCCACACCCGGAGUCUCCGAAUAGUUAUUACUGUGUGCAGUACACUACCGAAUUAUGCCUGCUGGAUAUCUUGAUAUCGUGGAGACGCUUAGACGGUUGUCGGUUGUGUGGCGUAUGGCGGUUCGGGGAAUUCUGCGAUUCGUCAAUUCUGACGGAGCAUCCACAAAACGAGGUUCCAGUUUGCGAGUGAAAGUCGUGAACGUUUGCCCCGAGGCUGGUUUUCACUUUCCACUUUGGUCGGUGCCGUUGACGCCGAGCGAGAAGGAGCGAGACAAGGAUGUGAGUGCGGCAUGUGGGCCACACAGGUUGCUCAAAAUUCAGGGUCCUUGUCACCCUGCGCUCUUCGACUUCUUGCUUGGCGUGCUUCCAACAGCUUUUGCUGGCUGGGACGCAAAUGACAGCGUAACGCCGCGUACAGAUUGCCGCGGGACAGGGCCAGCUUCACCAGGUCAUUCUUCGUACAUUCGAAACCUCCGGAACCGGUCGGCGUGGGAAAGGGUCUCUACGCGGACUGUGCUGGAAAGUUCCAGGCUCGUACCGCGGGUCCCCGCCCGCCUCCCCCCCCGUUUCGAGGCUCCUCCGACAGUUUCGGCGAAGCGGACCCGCUGUCGACCCGUGGGACUGGUUCCGGGCGAAAACUUCCGCAUGUUUGAGAUCCAUUGUCGACAAGUCCAACAUGAAGAAACAUUCGACGUGUCUGGCAUACGCGGGUGCUCCCGGCGAUCCUGUGGAGAAUUGCUCGCAGACACGGCCCAGUUGUCCUGGAACAGCGCCGGUCAGUUCGGCUCCUCUCCCGGCAAGGCUCUGGCGGGCGGCAGACGGUGGGGUGGGUUCCAGACCGAGAUCCCAUCCCCAAUUCGGACUCAUUCGAUAGAGAUCUUUUUUCCUCGAACGCUCUCCCCCCACCUCCAUUUGACAACCUGGAACCCCGGCGGUGCGGGGGCAGUGGAGGGGCGGAAGCAGCCUUGGCCAGGAACAACGAAGCAAGAACUCCGGAAGGUUCAUCUCAUCAGUGGCUUUGCCCCGGGUUCCCAUUGGCUUCUCGAAUGACGCUGAGCAAGCAAACUGAGACCGGCAACCAGGACGAACAGGAAUGUUGCGUGGUGUUCCUGGUCACC